AUGUUAUUUUUUUUCUUGGGAUUAUUUUCAAUUACUUAAGCAACUGAAGAAUUAUAUGAUUAUCCUAUUAUUGGAAUUGAUUUAGGAACAACUUACUCAAGUGUUUGCAUUUUUAGAGAUGAUAAAGUUGAAAUUAUUCCAAAUGAAUAUGGAUUUAAAUCAACCCCUACGGUUGUUGCUUUUAAUGGCACUUUCUUAAUUGGAGAAGAAGCUAAAGAAUAGGGAAUUAUUAACCCAUAGAAUACAUUUUAUGAUAUCAAAAGAUUAACUGGAAGAACAUAUCUUGAUCCAAAUGUAAACAGGGUUAAGAAAGGUUUACCCUUUACUAUAAUGCAAGAAAAUGAUAAAAUUUGUAUUAAAGUAUCUUAGCCUAGAAAUAAGAGUAAUAAGAUAUUUAACAUUGAUUAUAUUCAAGCAAAGGUUUUAACAAAAUUGAAGAAUAUAGCUAGUUCUUAUUUAGGAGUUCCAGUAAAAAAUGCCGUCAUAUCAAUUCCUAUUGGAUUUAAUGAUAUUUAAAAAUAAGCCACUAUAGACAUUGCAGAAAUUGCAGGCUUAAAAGUUGUUAGACUUAUUAGUGAGCCAAAUGCUGCUGUAAUUGCUUAUGGUAGGGACUAUGUAACAGAAAAAACGAACAUUUUUGUUUUUGAUUUUGGGGGUGGCACUUUAGAUAUUGCAGCAACGAUAGUAACAAAACAAAAAUUUGAAGAAAUUGAUAAUUCAUCAGAAAUGAAUUUAGGAGGAGAAGAUUUUGAUUUCAAUGUUGUCAAAUAUCUCGUCGAUUAAAUAUACAAUUCUACUGGAAUGAACUUAACUGAUCAUAAAAAAGCAAAUUAAGCAUUAAAAAUAGAGGCUUAAAAAGCUAAAGAAACUCUUUCUUCAUAGGAAAUAGCUCAUAUAAGAAUAUCAAAUUUGAUUGAAGGAUAUGAUUUUUAAUAUAAUCUUACAAGGGAAAAAUUUGAAGAGGUGAAUCAAGACCUUUUUGAUAGGGUUAUUUCUACAAUAAAUUCAACAUUUAUAGUCUCUGAAACGUAAAUAGAAGAUAUAGAUGAAGUUAUUCUAGUAGGAGGAAGUAGUAGAAUUCCAAAAGUCUAAGAAAUUGUUGAGAAAAGAUUCGUUCACAGCAAGAUCAUUAAAGAUAGAAUAUAAGAUGAAUUGGUUUGUAUUGGAGCUGCUAUUUUAGCAAAUUCACUCACUAAAUAAUUAGAAAAACAAUAUCGGUUUGUAGAAAUCAAGAGGACCGCAAUAAGCUAUGGUGUUGAAACCGAUAAAGAGGAUAUGAACAUAAUUAUACCUAGAUUGUCUAGAUAUCCAUUAGUUUUGUCAAGAUUUUACACUACUAUCGAAGAUUAUUAAACUGGAAUCUCAAUUAAUAUUUUUUAGGGAGAAAGUGAGUUUACAGAAUAUAAUGAAAAAAUUGGAAAUUUUAAAUUAAGUGGUAUUCAAAAAGCCACAAAAGGGGUACCUGAAAUUGAAAUAACUUUUGCACUAAAUUAGAAUGGAAUGCUUACAGCUACUGCCUUUGAUUUAAAUACAAAAAGCUCAAGCUAAUUAGCCAUUCAAAUAAAAAAUAAGAAGAGACUUACAUAAGAAGAUAUUGAUAACCUUAGGAAAGAGAAUGAGUAAGAAGAAAAAUUAGAUAGAGAGAAGAUUUAAACAAUAAGUAAGUUAAAAAAAUAUCAUAUGUAAUUUCUAAAUGAUAUAAAAAAAUCCAAAUAUAAAUAUGCAUUAGGUGAGUCGCAAUUAUACGAAAUAAAAGAAAUUCUCAAUACUAGUUCUAAAUGGCUAGAAGAUAAUAGAUAUAAGCUUUAAACAACAACUCAAGACUUUUAAAAUGAACUGCAAAAUCUUAAGAAUUCAUUGGAUAAAAUCCUGAAUAGAUAAUAACUAAGAGACUCAAACCAAGACUUAUGA